AUGCUGACUGGAAUGGAGGAGCUCAAAAGGAAAAGGCAAAACGGAUUCAGCACGGGAAGAACCACGCCACGACAACAACCAGGUCUCGCUGCCCUGGCUCAGCUGGAUCAAGGAACACAACAAAACCGACGAACGGCUGAGACGGGAGAGAGACAGCGCUGCUGA